CCAAACUUUAGAUCCGACUGGAGCAAAAGUUUUUUUUUUCUAGAAAGUGAGCUGCGGAGAUUUGUUGCACGAACUAUGAACCUUUUUUGGAAGAAUCCCCUCUGACAGUUUCAACUCGGACGAAACGCAGAAAAAAAGUCGGACUUUUCCAACGAAGCGUUUGUUGUUUUUUCGUCUUUUGUGGCUGCCCCUGCUUUUUUUUUUUUUUUUGUGUGGAAAAGUUGGGGCCGGACGACAACACAGAUUCCUGUGUGGAGUAGAUAUGCGCUUUGUUACACUGACAAGUAUGCCAGCAAAAAACAACAGCAAAACGCUGUGUUUCACUGCAGAUUUCGACAGCUAACACACUUUGGAAGAUUGGAAAAAUCACAUCCUGAUCAACUUUAGAAUGACUCGGGGUAACUUUUUCUGAGUGUCGUCGAUAUUCCCUGAUUUCCUGCUGUGUGAAAAAAAAAAAAAAGUUGGGGAUUGGCGCAAACUUCUCUUCGUGAGUUGUUUUUAAUAGACAAUUUCGGACUCGUAAAGUUUGCCGACAGUUUUUGGUUGCAAUGGAUCAGGGCCAGCACAACCCUCCUGCCGGACACCAGAUCGUCCACGUACGGGGCGACUCUGAGACCGACCUGGAGACACUUUUUAACGCCGUGAUGAACCCGAAAAACACCAUCGUACCCCCUUCCGUACCCAUGAGGAUGAGGAAACUGCCAGACUCCUUCUUCAAACCUCCUGAACCAAAGUCCCAUUCCAGACAAGCCAGUACCGACGGAGGGAGUGGCGGAGUACUCACACCCCACCACGUCCGAGCCCACUCAUCCCCAGCCUCCCUGCAGUUAGGAGCUGUUUCUGGUGGCUCCCUGUCUGGCAUGCCCCCAGCAGGUGCCUCCCCUCAACAUCUCCGUCAAUCUUCCUACGAGAUUCCCGAUGACGUGCCCCUGCCUCACGGGUGGGAAAUGGCCAAGACUGCCUCUGGCCAGAGAUACUUUCUCAACCACAUCGAUCAAACCACCACUUGGCAGGAUCCCCGCAAGGCCCUGCUCCAGAUGAACCAGGCUCCCCCGCCCAGUUCUGUACCGGUGCAGCAACAAAACCUUAUGAAUCCAGCCAGUGGUCCUCUCCCUGACGGCUGGGAACAAGCUAUUACAUCAGAAGGAGAAAUUUACUACAUCAACCACAAGAACAAAACCACAUCCUGGCUUGACCCACGACUUGACCCACGCUUUGCCCUGAACCAGCAGAGGAUUACCCAGAGUGCUCCAGGGAAGCAGGGAGGCCAGCUUCCUCCGAGCCACAGUGCAGUCAUGGCGGGCAAUCAGAUGAGACUGCAGCAGAUCGAGAAGGAACGGUUGAGACUGAAGCAACAGGAGCUGCUUCGGCAGAGACCACAGGAGCUUGCUCUAAGGACUCAGCUGCCUAUGGAUCAAGAUGGCAGCACGAACCCGGUGUCCUCCCCUAUGGCCCAAGAUGCCCGGACCAUGACGGCCAACAGCUCUGACCCAUUCCUCAACAGCGGGACCUACCACUCCAGGGACGAGAGCACAGACAGCGGCCUGAGUAUGAGCAGCUACAGCGUCCCUCGCACUCCAGAUGACUUCCUCAACAGUGUAGAUGAGAUGGACACAGGGGACCCUCUUCAACCCUCCAUGGUCACACAGCCCAGCCGCUUCCCCGACUACCUGGACGCCAUCCCGGGGACAGACGUGGACCUGGGCACCCUGGAGAGCGAGAGCAUGGCGGUGGAGGGCGAGGAGCUGAUGCCCAGCCUGCAGGAGGCCCUGAGCUCGGACAUCCUCAACGACAUGGAGUCCGUGCUGGCAGCUACCAAGAUCGACAAGGAGAGCUUCCUCACAUGGUUAUAGAGACCCGAGCGCCUCGCUGCUCCGCCGACACUCUGAACUGCUGCCUGCUCUGAUCUGUGAAGGAUUCAUGGAUGCUUUUUACAAGACAUUUCAGCAAGCGUCUCUGUCUCGGCGCAUAAGGCCGACCUCUUUUGAGGCAGUAUUUUUUUCCUGUUCUUCUCACUGGUGUGUUAUCUCUUCAUUUUGUCUGUGUCUUCAAGGCUGGCCCAUGAACAGACAAUUACGCAAGGGUCCCCCCAAAUCUUUCACAGGUCUGUCAGUGAAUCUAGGGCAUGUUUUACCCUGAUCUCUCCCCCCCCCCCUGGUCUCCCCUCAUAACUGAGCUUGGCGAGUGCAUGCGCUCUUCCUCAAGGACUGCCGCCAUCAGCUAUCGCCCGGAGUCUCUGGUGCCUCUUCCUCCCUCUUCCAUUAUAGCGUCAAGCAGCAGUGCUUCACUGAAUUUGGGACUGUUGCAACUAGCUUAAGUAGCUUUAUAUUUUGGCCUUGUAACUUUUUAUUCUUUCAUUUGUUUUGUUUUGUUUUUUUUAACAAGCCUGAGAAACCAAAAAUGAUGUAUUAGAAGCAUAAAGAACAAUACUGAUUUGGAGUAAAGGUUAGUGUGAGGCCCAGUUUGGACAUGUUGGCUUUGCUGGGGGUGUGUUGUGUGUGGGAGGGGGAGGGGCGGGGGGGAUGAGGGUUGGAGCCUGGGGACCGACUACAUUGCUGCUUGGCUGUGCCAGCAAGUCUAAGUUAAACCUUUGAUAGAUCAAGUGCCUUCAGUUGUAUUUUUUGGGACACGAGCGACACGAACAAUGACUUAAGUUUUUGUAAAGCAGCAAUAAGCAUUAGGCUGUUUCAUUAUAAUCAGCCACUCUCUCCUCUAUCUUGUGUUCAAUAAUCAAACUGUAUUUUUAUUUUAUAAACACAUUAUAAGGGGAUUUAGGGAUUUCUGUUUGUUUUUUUUUUGUUUUUUUUAACCCUAGCUUCUUUGUAUCUCAGUCUUAUCCAAGCCUAAUUCAUGAUUCAUUCUUUGUUUUAUCAUUUUAGUAUUCUUUUAUUUUUAGGUUACUACAUAUGUAUGAUAGCUUAGAACAAAUGGCAUUGUGCUUGUUUUUAUCUUCUUUCAUAGAUGGAAUUUAUACGUUUUAAACAUGGCCGACCUUUUAUCACAGCAUGCCACUUCAUCAAGAUGAUUGAUUGAUUCAGUUUGGGCUUUUAUAACCAUUAAGCUGAUUCUCUCAUUUACUUUAUACAUUACAUUUAAGUGUUAUUGUGUAUUUGUUGAUCACAUGCAGCUUUUACUAUCUUCCUGAACAUUAACCAAAAAAAAAAAAAAAAAAGGCAGAUCUCUUGGCUAAACAGAAACUAUAGCUCUGCGAUCAAGUAAAACGUUGUGACGACGUACAAAAACACGAGCGUUACAAUGUUUGAAACUUCCCGAAGAGGGAGAUGGAACCUCGGAGCUGUGCUGGGUGUUUGGAGAACUAGACUUGGACAAGUUUAAGCAGGUUGAAGAGUCAUGUGGCGGGAUGUAAAAGGCCAGGGUUUGACUGAUAGUAGUGAGUUGUGCAGAUUGAUGAUUUUUUUUUUUUUUGUGUGUGUGAAAUAAUCAAGAAACAAUCAGUUAUUAUCUCAGUCAGGAAUUGUUGUGGCGGAUUCCAAAGAUGUUUUUUGUAAUAACACUAAUUUGUGUUUCCAUUUUCACAGAGUCCAGAAACAGUAUGAUGUGUAAAUCAGCCUGUGUAUGAACACACUGUAUAAGCUAAUGAGAAAAUGAGGUUGGUUUUUAAGUGUUAAUGGACAUGUAUGAAUAGAUCUAGCUGAGAGAUUCUUUUUUUAAAGACAAGAUGGUUGUUUUGAGUGACUAACCCUGAGAUUUAAGGAGGAGGUUUCAGAGCAAGUGAUUUUUUUUCUAUAAACACUCACAUGUUUACAUUCUGAGUAAGAAACUGCGACAGCCACAGUGACAAUUCUCUCAUAAUCACAUUAUAUUGAUGUUUACAGCAUGACUAAAUCUUUGCAUCACUGCAGUAACUGUUGAAUGAUCAGACUCAGCAGGUUGUCACACUGAUUCUGUUGCCGCCCAAUCCUUUUAAUUGGAGGCUUUAACUUGAUGGAACAACUUUAUUUUUAGAUCAGAGAACAUGAACAUUAUUUUUAUCUUGUGUGAGAAACCUCUUUCUAGUUUUGAUUUUCACUGAUCAUAAAAUCACGUGUUAAUGAUGGAUUAAAGGUGGAUAAACAGUGUUGGUGAGAACAAUGCAACUAAAACGAGUGGUACACUACAGUGCUUGUAUUGCACGGCUACAGUUUUCAUUUAAAAUGCAAUGAUGCAUUUUGUCAUACAGACCUGAUUUUAUGCUAACUUAGUGUGUACUAGUCAGAGCAUAUUAGCUGUUGACUGUCUUGUAGCAGUAGAACUAAUCACACAAGUUAAAGGAUUUUGUAUUUAGAGUGUUCUAAAUGCACAUGAAAUGAAUUUAUAUUCAGUGAUGAUCUGUUCAUUUUUGAUAGAUAUGUGCAUGUGUUUUAGAGCAAUAAAUUCUGUUACAUUAUAUCUUGCUUCAUAUCAUACUUUGAAAUUGGCCUGAAAUAAAGUAUAUUCUUUGUGGUAA